GCAUACGUCAAAAGUCAAGGUCGCAGCUGUGCGCAUGUUUUAUAAAACUAAUUGGACUACAGCUAAGUAAAUUAGUCUUGGGAUUUAAUGCUGAGUCGCGGGUUGCGGCAGUUUUCCCGAUACCUUUACAAAAUGGUGCCCGAGGUUGUUUUUGUGUUAGGCGCGCCGGGAGCCGGCAAAGGCACUCAGUGCUCAUUUAUUUCUAAGGAAUAUGAUUUUGUACAUUUAUCCGCUGGAGAUUUGUUGCGCGAAGAGCGGCAACGGCCUGGUUCCGAAUACGGGGAAAUGAUCGAACAAAAAAUACGGAACGGUGAGAUCGUACCUGUGGAGGUUACGUGCUCACUUAUACACAAGGCCAUGCAGAACUCCGGCAAGACGCGUUUCCUAGUGGACGGCUUCCCUCGCAACAAGGACAACCUGGACGGUUGGGAGCGCGUCAUGUCCGACAAGACGAAGCUGCUGUUCGUACUGUUCUUCGAGUGCUCGCCGGACAUCUGCACCGAGCGCUGCCUCGGCCGGGGCGCCGCCGGUAGUGGCCGCUCCGACGACAACUUAGACAGCCUCAAGAAGAGGUUUAAUACUUACUUAAACGACACCUUGCCUAUUAUCAACCAUUAUGAUAGAAAGGGUCUUGUGCGAAGGAUUAAUUCAGAGGUGGCCCCGAAUGAAGUGUUCCAAGAUGUUAAGGUUGCAUUCAAGGACAUUGGACUGCAGAGUAUAGCAAAUUAAUCAAUUUACCAUAAGUAGGCCAAUCUUGUGUUGUGUAUGUACAUUGCAGAACUUUGUCUUGUGCUAGGAAUAUUGGUGUUAUUGGAAUGAACCAGUAAGCUUUAAAUGCUAAAUGAAUUUUACCAGAUAUUGUAAAAGCAGUAAUGAAAUGAUUAGGAAUCUGAGGACUUAUUACAGAUACAUUUACUAGAAGAGUAUUGUUUAGUUUCUGAAUCAUGUUAAGUUACAUCCUUAAUCUUAUCAAGUAGGGACAACUCCAUUUAUAUAUCUUAAUAAAUGCUACUGCAUCUAAGUUGCUAACACAUCAUUAUCAUAAGAAGACAAACUAGGUAUCCUAAUAAUUAAAUUAUAAUAACAAAUAAACAUUGAACUGAAACCUAUUGUAUUCUUAUUUUUUUAUUGUGCAUAAUGUUUAAGUUUUAGUUUUUAUACAUUGGCUUUAUGCAUACUUUUUGAAAUACAGUUUGAAACAAACAUUUCUCAUACCUUAUUUAUUUUAUUGUAUUACUCUUUUUAGAAUUUGUGAUAAGUGAAGUUCUAUAAGUAAAGAGAAUCAGCCUGAUUCUUUAUCUGUUUAUGUAACUAAUAAGUAUCUUAUCAAUUUCAACAGCAAAGCCAUGCCUCUUCAGCAUAAUAUUAAAUGAUUAUUUCUAACAAAAUGUUAAAGCAUUGCGUCAUCACCUGAAGUGGAACACUCAUUGAUUUAUACAAUUUCACACUUAGAAUUCAUUCUUCAGGCAACAAUGCAUGUGUCACAUAACUUGUGAAAACAAUGCUUCUGACUUUCACAGAUACAACAAACUGUCUUUAAUACUAAUUAAAACUGGGGAAUAAGAGCAGAUAUAGUAGAACCUUGAUUGUUUUUGUUGGAGUUUUAAGAAUAAUCUAAUAGCAUUUCUGUCUUGUCUUGUGAUGUAUUUUUCAAUAGCUAUUAUGUGCCUGUUUAAAAUGUGCAUUAUAAACACAUUCCUAGAUCGCCCGCAGUGUAUGUAUGUGUAAUACAAAAUGUUGUUGAUCAAGUAGCUUAUGUGAUCGUAAAUACAAUAUCUAACGUUAC